AUGAACGGCUAUGAAUUUUCUUCAAAUGGAGACAAAGCAUUUUUUUGGGAAACUGGCGGCAGUGAAACACUCAACAUCCGGCAAGCGUGUGCAGUGGAAUCGCUAGCGUUGCAUAACCCAAAUAUCACUGCUUAUAUGCUGUUUAGUCAAGGGCGAGUCAACAGCGACUCCAUCACACUGCGGACGCUAACGGAAAACUAUAGAAACAUCCGACUUAUCGGCAUCAACAUGGAUCAUUAUUUAGCCGGUUCGCCAUUGGAGCAUUGGUACAAAUUCACUGACUGGAGGAAAGGACCUUACAACAUUUCUCACUUCAGUGACGGUCUUCGUUUCGCAACGCUGUCGAAAUACGGUGGCUAUUAUUUCGAUCUUGACAUCAUCCACGUACGGCCGGUGACCUACUAUCGCAAUUUCAUUGCCACAGAAGAUGGACUCUCGGCUUCGGCUGGUGCUAUUCAUGCGGAUUAUGGCCACCCCACUAUGCAAAUGGCCAUCAAUGAUUUCUCUGUUAAUUACAGACCUGAUGUUUGGGCCCAUAAUGGACCUGCCUUGUUGGACAGAGUUUUGACUAAAUGGUGCGGAGUAGAUAGGCUUCCGGAUGCGAAUUACCUCAAAUGCCGUGGGUUCAGUGUCCUACCGAAAGCAUCAUUCUAUCCGGUACAUUAUCCAAUGUGGCGAGAGUUUUUCGAUCAACGAGGUCCAAACGAUACGGUGAAUCCUGAUUGGCUGACAACAGAAGUGAUUGGUGUUCAUUUUUGGAACAAAAUGAGCUAUGAAGAGCCAGUGUUCCGAAAUUCAACGCAAUAUUAUACACAGCUAGCUCGUACCCAUUGUCCUGCCACAUUUUCCAUUGCUCCUGAUAUCUUUUAGUAUCGAAAAAUAAAGGCCAGGAAGGGA